AUGAGCGAGCCAUCGACGACAGCCGCUUCUUUACAGGCAUCUGCGUGCAAUGGACAAAGCGCCAAGAUGGUGGACCUGAAGCAUCUUGCCGUGCCUGCCCAGGGCGUGCAGAUUAUCACUGAGCUCACCACCCAGAACCCUUCCAACGCCGUGUGGGGCCACGCCACUUUGAAGGCUCCCCAGAAGAAUCAUCUCGGGGCUGAGAGCUCUUCGCUGUCCCCUUCGCUAUUGUGGGAGGCUGAGUGCAGUGCACCGGGAAGCAAGGAAGAGGACUCCAUUUUAAUCCCAGUCAUUGAUUCAUGUAAUGUAGGUGCGUAG